AUGUGGCCCCCAACCCUCAGGGCCCCGACCCUCAGGGGCCCCGACCCUCAGGGGCCCCUGAGGGUCGGGGGCCCCCGACCCUCAGGGCCCCGACCCUCAGGGGCCCCCGACCCUCAGGGGCCCCGACCCUCAGGGGCCCCCGACCUCAGGGGCCCCCGACCCUCAGGGCCCCGACCCUCAGGGGCCCCCGACCCUCAGGGUCCCCGACCCCCAGGGGCCCCCGACCCUCAGGGGCCCCUGAACCUCAGGGGCCCCGAUCCUCAGGGGCCCCCGACCCCCAGGGGCCCCCGACCCCCAGGGGCCCCCGACCCUCAGGGGCCCCUGAACCUCAGGGGCCCCGACCCUCAGGGGCCCCCGACCCCCAGGGGCCCCCGACCCCCAGGGGCCCCCGACCCCCAGGGGCCCCCGACCCUCAGGGGCCCCGACCCUCAGGGCCCCGACCCCCAGGGGCCCCCGACCCUCAGGGGGGCCCCCGACCCCCAGGGGCCCCCGACCCUCAGGGGCCCCGACCCUCAGGGUCCCCGACCCCCAGGGGCCCCCGACCCUCAGGGGCCCCUGAACCUCAGGGGCCCCGACCCUCAGGGGCCCCCGACCCCCAGGGGCCCCCGACCCCCAGGGGCCCCCGACCCCCAGGGGCCCCCGACCCUCAGGGGCCCCCGAACCUCAGGGGCCCCCGAACCUCAGGGGCCCCGACCCUCAGGGGCCCCGACCCUCAGGGGCCCCCGACCCUCAGGGGCCCCCGACCCUCAGGGGCCCCGACCCCCAGGGGCCCCGACCCCCAGGGGCCCCUGA